GAGGGAGAUGGAGACCGUGACAUGGCGCAUAUGGGAGAAGCUCCAUAUGGGCAGGUCGCAUAUGGGGGAAGCAUGUGUUUACAGUUCAGCUCCAUGUAUUAGUUUAAAGAGAAGAGUUUGGGUUCCAUCCAUGUGGGUGGGUCGCAUUUGUUGAAGAUGGUGACCAGAGAGAGAGAGAGAGAGAGAAUGACUUUGAUUUUGCUUGGCAGCAAUUCCAAUAUUAUACUAAACAAUGGAGGGAGGGGUCGAACUUUCUUCCAUAGAAUUAAAAAAUGGUUCCCUGAGCUGCAGCCUCAUGCUUCCUCGUAUCCCGGAUCUGCUCCACUCCCAUUCCUCUUUACUUUGUUGCACGUCUUCUUCAUCUGGGUCUCUGUUUUCUCCGGAAAGUUGCGAACUUCCCCGAGAAACCGAUGAAGUUGAGAUGAGGUGAUACCUUGGAGGGGCCAUAACUGACAGUGAUACUGCACUAUUUGAGGAAUAUGGCCAGUUUGAUGGAGGGAGGGAGAUCGCUUGCUGAGACUCCCACUUACUUGGUGGCUACUAUAGUGACUGUUUUGGUCUUCGUUUGCCUUUUCGUGGAGAGGUCCAUUUACAGAUUUGGAAGGUGGCUGAAAAGGACUCGGAGGAAGGCCCUGUUUGUUUCAUUGGAGAAAAUCAAGGAAGAGUUGAUGCUGCUUGGGCUUAUAUCUUUAUUGUUGGCGCAAUGGGCGAACUGGAUUUCUCAGAUCUGUGUCAACUCGUCUCUGUUCAACAGCAGAUUCUAUAUCUGCUCCGAGAAUGAUUUUGAGACCCACGAGCAUUUCAUGAUCAAGAGUUCCUUCUCUUCUCUGAACGAGAGUGAUAUUCCCCCAGAAGGACUUAAUUAUCCAGGGUCUCAUCAAUGCGGAGAGGGCCGAGAACCUUUUGUUUCGUAUGAAGGUCUUGAGCAGCUCCAUCGGUUUCUGUUUGUUCUCGGCAUCACCCAUGUACUCUACAGUUGUCUUGCUGUUGGUCUUGCGAUGAGCAAGAUAUACAGUUGGAGGAAAUGGGAAAACCAAGCAAGCGUAACGACUGACGGGGACGUGCAAGCUAAGAAAACGAAGGUGAUGAGAAGGCAAACUACUUUCGUCUUUCAACACACAUCUCAUCCAUGGAGCAGAAACCGAGUCCUCAUAUGGAUGCUUUGCUUCCUUCAUCAGUUCAGGACAUCUAUUAAAAGGUCAGACUACUUGGCUCUGCGUUUAGGUUUCAUCACAAAGCACAACUUGCCACUUUCGUAUAAUUUUCACAAGUACAUGGUCCGCAGCAUGGAAGAUGAGUUUCAUGGCAUCCUUGGAAUCAGUUGGCCUCUUUGGGCUUAUGCUAUAAUCUGCAUCUUCAUCAACAUUCACGGCUUGAACAUAUACUUCUGGCUCUCCUUCAUCCCUGCUAUUCUCGUUAUGCUGGUUGGGACAAAACUUCAACACGUCGUUUCCUCGUUAGCGCUCGAAAUAAUGGAGCCUGCAGGACCAACUAGUGCAACACAGGUAAAGCCACGGGAUGAUCUGUUUUGGUUUGGAAAGCCCGAAAUACUGCUGCACUUGAUCCAAUUCAUUAUAUUUCAGAAUGCUUUUGAGAUGGCAACGUUCAUCUGGUCUUUGUGGGGAUUAAAGCAUCGGUCGUGCUUCAUGAAGAACCAUGUGUUAAUAGUCAUUCGACUGGCUUCCGGGGUGUUGGUUCAGUUUUGGUGCAGCAACACGACGGUGCCCCUAAACGUGAUUGUUACGCAGAUGGGAUCUCGGUGCAAGAAGGCCCUGGUGGCGGAAAGCGUGCGGGAAUCGCUCCACAGCUGGUGUAAACGGGGGAAGGAGAAAUCGAAACGGCAUCAUCUGCGGUCACACACCGUGAGAUCCACAUGCUCCCUCGAUUCGACGAUCUAUGAAAGGGAUGAGAUAACUGUUGCAUCGGGCACGCUGUCCCGAAGCUCCUCGAUCAAUUCAGCUCUGAACCAGGACACGAUCACUUCGAUCGAUAUGGUGGAUAGCACCGUCCUCGAUACACCUAACCACCAUGACAAGGAGCUCUCUUUCAGGAUGGAGGAGUACCUGACGGAGUCCCUGAAGAUGAGCUCGAAUCAGCCUUAUCCUCAUCACGAGAAUGGUGAGGGAGACGAGGAAGCGGGGAACCGAGCCGAUGGGAGGCCCGACACUCUAUUGGAUCUCUUUAGGAAGACAUGAUACCACGUAAAAUUCCGACCGAAUGCAUAGUUCCAGAAACAUCAAGUUUUUUCUCAACCGGAUAGCUGCUGUAGUCGAUUCGCACUCGAUUUGGUUGGAUUAUUGAUUAGAUUAAGCUCCAUUAUUCUUAAUGGAUAUCCGAAAGUCAUAAUAUACUUCUCUUGGCACUGGCUCGGUAGCUGGUCGAAUUCAAAUUAAUAUUUACGAUCUGGAUCCUACUUCAGCUCGGCCUCGACUAAAGCCAGACCAACCACGGGCUUUACUCGAGCUCGGGUUUUCGGCCUCACUCGGAGUCUCCCGAACAUCAGGAUCAACGGGCACGGCUAAAAGCAACCCGAAUCAAGCUCGAGCCGAGGCUUGAACUCGAGUUCUGUUCCCGUGAUAACAAUGAACGCAAGAGAUCCAGGAUUAAACAAAGAAGCAUCACAUUAACCGGUCCCAUAGCAACACUGGUUUUAUGGAAAGUUUAUCUCUUAGACAUCCCCCCCUAAAAAAAAAAAAA